GAACUGUCACUCAGGUUGAAGCUGCAGUAGCGUCCAAUUGGAAGCACUGUUGUGAAAGGAACAGGACCGCACGCAGGACGCGGGACUUCCGUUCUGCGUCCUUUGCCGUGGCCCCCUGGAGUUUCAGGAUCUUGUGUCUGUAGCUCCGUCGCCCGGUGACCAGGCGUUGCACUGCUCGUCUGGAAUCCCGACAUGGGGCUGGUGUCAUUUGAGGAUGUAGCUGUGGACUUCACCUGGCAGGAGUGGCAGGAGCUGGAUGCUGCUCAGAGGACCCUCUACAGGCAUGUGAUGCUGGAGAACUACAGCAGCCUGGUGUUUUUGGGGUACUGCAUGACCAAACCUGAAUUGAUCUUCAGGCUGGAGCAUGGAUUUGAGCCAUGGAAGAUAGGAGAAGCCUCACUCUGGAGUCUCCCAGGUGCCCCUAUUACUAAGAGUUGCCUGGAAAUUCAAGAGACACAAGUAUGGCAAGUGGGAAGCACCAAGAAUAUUCCAAGUGAAGUGAUCACUGAAGCAGAGAUGAGGAUUCAACCAAAACUCCAUCAAACUGCAAAAUCCUAUGAAAGUGAACCAUGUAUGAAAAUGAUUAAUCUCAUGUCACAGCACCCCAAGACAGACACAUAUCACUCAAGUGUGGAAUCAUUUGAAUCCAAGAAAUGCCAGAAAGAUUUCUGCUCUAAGUCCAGUGUCACUGCACAUCAGAGCCUUCAUAGAGGCGAGAAGCCGUAUGAAUGUAAAGAUUGUGGUAAAUAUUUCUUACGCAAGUCAAACUUCAUUAAUCAUUGGAGAAUUCAUACAAAUGAGCAGCCCUUUGUAUGUAAAGAAUGUGGCAAAGCUUUCUUCUACAAGUCAAGCUUUACUCGCCAUCAUAUUUCUCAUACACCUGAGAACAUUUAUGAAUGUGCAAAAUGUGGUAUCUCUUUCUACCACAGGUCAAAACUCACUGAACAUUUGAGAACUCAUACAGGUGAGAAACGUUAUGAAUGUAUACAGUGUGGUAAAGCUUUCUGCCGCAGGUCCGUCUUCAUUAGACAUAAGAGAACUCAUACAGGUGAGAAGCCAUAUGAAUGUAAAGAAUGUGGUAAUUUUCUCUCCUGCAAGUCAGCCCUCACUGACCAUCUGAGGACUCAUACAGGUGAGAAGCCUUAUCAAUGUAUACAGUGUGGUAGAGCUUUCUAUGGCAAGUCAGCCUUUAAUAAACAUCGGAGAACUCAUAAAGGUGAGAAGCCCUAUGAAUGUGAAGAAUGUGGCAAAGCUUUCUUUUCCAAGUCACGCUUAGACUGCCAUCAUAGAACUCAUACUGGUGAAAAGCCUUAUGAGUGUCAAGAAUGCAAGAAAGCUUUUUCCUCCAAGUCAGGUCUGAAAACACAUCAUAGAACUCAUACUGGGGAGAAACCCUAUGAAUGUAAAGAAUGUAAUAAAACUUUCUCCUACUCCUCUUCUCUCAGAAAGCAUCGUAAAAUGCAUACAGUUGAGAAACCCUAUGAAUGUGAAGAAUGCGGUAAAACUUUUUAUUACAAAUCAAUUCUCAGUGCACAUUGCAGAACACAUACAGGGGAGAAGCCUUAUGAAUGUGAGGUUUGCAAGAAAGCUUUUUCCUCCAAGUCAUUUCUUAGUAUACAUCAUAGAACUCAUACUGGUGAGAAGCCCUUUGAGUGUGAAGAAUGCAGGAAAGCAUUUUCCUCCAAGUCACUUCUUAGUGUACAUCGUAGAACUCACACAGGUGAGAAGCCUUAUGAAUGUCCAGAAUGCAGGAAAGCCUUCUCCUCCAAGUCAGUCCUCAAUACACAUCGUAGAACACAUACAGGUGAGAAGCGCUAUGAAUGUGAAGAGUGUGGUAAAACUUUCUACUACAAAUCAUUUCUCAGUGUACAUCAUAGAACUCACACAGGUGAGAAGCCCUAUGAAUGUAAAGAAUGCAGGAAAGCUUUUGCCUCCAAAUCUGGUCUCAAUGCACAUCAUAGAACUCAUACUGGUGAAAAGCCCUAUGAAUGUGAAGAAUGUGGGAAAGGUUUCUCCUCCAAGUCAAUUCUCAGUGCACAUCAAGGAAUUCAUACAGGCAAGAAGACCUGUUAAUGUGAAGAAUAUAGGAAAACUUUCUCUUCCAAGUCAGGUCACAGUGCACACCAUGGAACUCAUACAGGUGAGAAGCCAUAUGAAUACAAAGAUUAUAGAAAAAAUUUAUUCUCCAAGGCACACUUAUCUUCAUAUAAUAGAACUCAAUAUUUUCUGGUCUGGCAUUUCGGGAUCCUGCGUCUAACUCCAUCGCCCUGUGACCGGCUGCGGCCGCUGCCCCAAGGCGCAGCGCUGCUCACCAGCAAUCCCGAAAUGGUGAGCGCGGCGUCCCAAGCGGGGAGGGAAGCUGUGCACCGGGAGCUGGCGGACGCGGCUCCCCAUCUUCCCCGCAGAGUCCCCAGCUGCGGCUGUGGCGGGGCUGAGCCGGCUCCCAGUAGCCCGGGCGUCCUCAGCCUCAUGCCGGUUGUGGUUGCGGAGCGCUCUGCGAAGCAGCUAGAUGCCCUGUAUCUGGGAGGGGUGUCCUGCCAUCCUUGCUCUAGGAGACACUUCACUAUAUCCGGGCUGGUGUCAUUUGAGGAUGUAGCUGUGGACUUCACCUGGCAGGAGUGGCAGGAGCUGGAUGCUGCUCAGAGGACCCUCUACAGGGAUGUGAUGCUGGAGAACUACAGCAUCCUGGUGUUCUUGGGACACUGCAUGACGAAACCUGAGUUGAUCAUCAGGCUGGAGCAUGGAUUUGAGCCAUGGAGCAUAGGCAAAGCCUCACUUUGGAGUGUGCCAGGUGCCCCUAUUACUAAGAGUUGCCUGGAAAAUCCAGAAAGACAUGUGUGGCAAGUGGGAAACACCGAGAGUAACCCAUCAAGUGAGAUUAUGGCUGAAACAGAAAUGAAGAUUCGACCAGAAUUUCACAAAAGUGCAAAGUCCUUUGAAAGUCAACCAUGUGUGAAAAUGAUUAACCUCAUGUCACAACACACCAAGAUGCACACAUAUCACUCAAGUGUGAAACCUUCUGAACAUAAUAAAUAUCAGAAAGCUUUCUGUUCUAAGUCCAGUGUCACUGCACAUCAGAACCUUCAUACAAGCGAGGAGCCCUAUGAAUGUAAAAAAUGUGGUAAAUAUUUUUUACGCAAAUCAGACUUAACUAAACAUCAGGGAACUCAUACAGAUGAGAAGUCCUUUGUGUGUACAGAAUGUGGCAAAGCUUUCUUCUACAAGUCAUGGUUUACCCUCCAUCAUAUUAAUCAUACCUGUGAGAAGCCCCAUGGAUGUGAAGACUGUGGUCACUCUUUCUACCACAGGUCGAAACUCAUUGAACAUCAGAGAACACAUACAGGUGAGAAGCCUUAUGAAUGUAAAGGAUGUGGUAAAGCUUUCUGCCGCAAGUCAGGCCUCAGUAGCCAUCAGAGAACUCAUACAGGUGAGAAGCCUUAUGAAUGUAAACAAUGUGGUAAUGCUUUCUCCUGCAAGUCAGCCCUCAUUGACCAUCAGAGAACUCAUACAGAUGAGAAGCCUUAUGAAUGUAUAGAAUGUGGUCAUUCUCUCUUCUGCAAGUCAGCCCUCACUGACCAUCAGAGAACUCAUGAAGGUGAGAAGCCCUAUGAAUGUGAAGAAUGUGGCAAAGCUUUCUUUUCCAACUCACGCUUAGUCUGCCAUCAUAGAACUCAUACUGGUGAAAAGCCUUAUGAAUGUCAAGAAUGCAAGAAAGCUUUUUCCUCCAAGUCUGCUCUGAAUACACAUCAUAGAACUCAUAGAAAGGAGAAGCCCUAUGAAUGUAAAGAAUGUAAUAAAACUUUCUCUUACUCCACUGCUCUCAGUCAACAUCAUAAAACUCAUAGUGUUGAGAGGCCCUAUGAAUGUAAAGAAUGUGCUAAAACAUUCUACCACAAAUCAGGUCUUAAUGCACAUCACAAAACCCAUAUGGGAGAGAAGCCUUAUGAAUGUGAAGUUUGCAAGAAAGCUUUUGCCUUCAAGUCAUUUCUUAUUAUACAUUGUAGAACUCAUACUGGUGAGAAGCCCUUUGAAUGUGAAGAGUGCAGGAAAGCAUUUGCCUCCAAGUUACUUCUUAGUAAGCAUCAUAGGACUCACACAGGUGAGAAGCCAUAUGAAUGUCCAGAAUGCAAGAAAGCUUUCUCCUCUAAGUCAAUCCUCAGUACACAUAGUAGAACUCAUACAGGUGAGAAGCGCUAUGACUGUGAAGGGUGCAAGAAAGCAUUAUCCUCCAAGUCACUUCUCAGUGUGCAUCAUAGAACUCACAUGGGGAGAGGCCCUUUGAAUAUAAAGAAUGUAAUAAAACUCUCUCCUAUUCCUCUGGUCUCAGUGUUCAUUGUAAAACUCAUACAGUUGAGAAGCUCUAUGAAAUGUGUGAAACUCUCUACCACAAAUCAAGGUCUCAGUGCACUUCAUAGAACUUAUAAAGGUGAGUAGCCAUAUGAAUGCAAAGAGUGCAGAAAAUUUCUUCUGCAAGGUACACUUAACUCCACAUCUCAGAACUCAAGAAACCCUAUUAAUGAGACUGCAAGGAAAGUUUGCUUUUUUUCCCCCAUGUCAUGACUCACAAGAUAUAUGGGAUAUCAUAUACAUGACACAUUAUGUACUAAUAUCAAGAAGUAUAAUGAUACUUUUGCUAUCACUCACACCUCAGUCAACAUCAGAAACAUUAUGUGAGAAGUUGUGAAUAUAAAAAAUGAAAAAAACCACAUUAAUCUAUAAAUCAGUUUUCUGUAUAAGUCCAGUAAAUAUACACAAUACAGAAAAGCUUACCUUUAUAACAUAUCCCAUUCUAUAUGGAAGAAAUCAGAUGAGACACCAUAAGAAUGUGAAGAAGGCAAGAAAGCUUACAGUAAGAAUACUCACUUGACAUCAGAGAGUACAUGAGAUCGAACAUAGCAAAGAAUGUAUGAAAUCUUGAUACCACAUGUGAGACAUUUCUCAUCAGAAAGCACAUAUUUGUAAGAGAUACCAUGUCUCUAAAGAAUGAAUGAAAGCUUUCCACAGAAAGUAUUCUGAAUGUAAGCAAUUCAUGUGUGUGAUGAAUCCUAUGAAUUUAAAAUGUAGAAAAGCUUUGAAUGGUGAUACAAAUCUCAGUGAAUCUUAGCCCAUAUGCAGUUGAAUAACACUGUCAGAAUCUUUAAAAUCAAGAAAGUUUACUAACAUAAAACACUGUCCACUGACACUGGAGAUCUCAGAUAAUUAAGGGACCCUGUUAAAGUAGAGACUAUAGGAAAACUUUAGUAAAUAUGCCUGCCUAUGGAACAGGAUGGAAAUCAUCAUAUUUCAUGGAGUAAGGAUGGUUUCAUACCAGAACAAAAGUAAGUGUAUUACCCUCAGUGACAUACCUAGUCCUAUGUCUUAGAAGAUUCUGUUCAUAUUGCAUUAGGUAUGGAAGAAAUUUCUAGGAACAGACAAUUAUAUGUGCUUAAAAACAGCAUUCUAGAUCGGGCAUAGUAGCACAUGCCUUUAAUCCCAGCACUUGGGAGGCAGAGGGAGACAGAUCUCUGUGAGUUCAAAGGCCAGCCUAGUCUAUAUAGUGAGUUCUAGGUCAGCUGGGGCUACAGGAAGACCUUGUCUCAAAAAGACCAAAAACAAAAGGAAAGAAAAGAAAAGAAACAAAAAGCAACAGCAUGCUACAAAUGGACAGCAUAUAGAAGAUACAGGGUGAAGAAAUGAUUCCUGUGGAAGUGUUCACAUGAUCACAUAGUCACCGGAAACCAUUGAUUCUGCAUGGAAGGUGAUAUUACUAUAUUCAUAUUUUUAUUUCUUAAUAGAUUUUCAUUUACAUAUGUGUUCAAGUGUCCACAGAGGUCAAAGUAGGGUAGUGGAUUCCCUGGGCCUGGAAUCCCAGGGCACUCUUAGCCAACCAUUACAGUUGUUUAUGAACAAACUCUGGUCCUCUGCAAGAGCAGCACUUGCUUAAGGCUGAGCCAUCUGUAUGAGCCCUGGUGUUCAAAUUUUGAAACUCAACCAUUAUAAAUUGGGAGAGUGGCAAUGGAUGAAAUACAAAUCAAAUGUGUGUGUUAUUUGUGUAUGACACAGUCAUUUUGAAGAGGUCAUGAUGAAAGGUGCUGAGCUAAGUAUCAUGAAAAGCAGGCAUUCACUGUCUUCUUCAAGCUUCCAGUACUGCACAAACUAUUCCAGCUGCCAAGUACUUUUAUCACAAUGGUAUGAGUUUUCAGUUGUUAUGUUACUCCACCUGGUUGUAAAUGUAUUUUAGAUUAAUGGAACCUUUCCUUACACUUUAGAUGAAAAUGCAAAUAAAUUGAAAAU